GUGAUGUCAACCAAAUGUUUGACUUCUUAACAUAAUUAUGGAAGAAAAGCUGAGAGGUUAUAUGAGUUUGUUUGCCUCUUACUGCUCCGAGGUAAAUGCUGUCAAAUGUAAGGAGGAGGAUUUGCAGUUUUUGAGAGCAAACGUUAAAAAAAUUAGCCCACUGUUAUCUUCGAGUAAUAAGUGUCGGAAAAUGCUCUUUGAACAUGAAUCUUACUUUAGUGACUUUUCCUUUGCACUUCAAGUAUCAUACUAAUAUUACCGUUAUUCUUAGUUUCUCAACGACAGGGUACUUAGGACACAAAUUGUACUGAUUCUUUUCAAAUUGGUGAAAAAAUCUACGCCCCAAUUCCGGAUCACAAUGUUAAUACAAAAAGGGAUUACUAGAGCUCUAUUUCAAGCUCUUUACAUGGAAUACUCUGAAGAAACUCCAAAUGUUGAACUUUUAUUAAAAAUACAUCAGUUACUCUGUCGUCUUGGUCCGAUGGAUAAACGUUUUGGUAUUCGAGCAAGAGUGAGCCAUUGUAUUCCAAUUACAAUCCAUCUUCUAAGAAUUCAAGUUGCUCUAUUAAAUUCAUCCAUACGUACAACUCCUUCUAAUUUUUAUAAACAACUAAAGAAUCUAUCCAAUUUUAAUUUCUGUUAUUCAACAAUGAAUUCAAAUUCUUUUCAAAAUAAUAUUAAACAUCUUCAUACUAUAAAUGAAAUGUUACGUAAUCAUCGUCAUCCUCCCCAUCAUCAUUAUGUAACUAUGCCAACCGUUUCAUCCAUUAUACAACAUAAUUUAAAUAUUAUUUUACAUAUGAUUUAUUUAUAUAUAUCAGAUAAUGGUAAAACAAAUUCAUAUUUAUUAGGACGUAAUGGUGUUGUAAAACUUUUAAUACAAUUAAUUACUUUAUUAUCUGGACUUUAUAUAUAUCGUACAUCAUCUAUUAUGAAUUCAUUAUUAUCCUCAUCGUCCGCAGCAACAACACCACCACCGCCGCCAGCAACAACCACAACGGUAACAAGAAGAAAGACAACCGUGUCACCAACUGAUAUUCCUGAACAGAAUUUUAUAAAAAUAACUAAAAACUCAAUGAAUGAUUACAAUAUAAAUGAAAAUGAAUUGAUUAUGAAUAAUAGUCCAGUGAGAUAUAUUAUCAUUGUCAUGGCAUCAUUAAUGAAAGGAUUGGUGAAAUCUCUUGAUCAUAAUGAAAAUCAAUCAUUUCUUGAAUUUUUAACAGAAUAUGGUUUACAUAAUAAUCCUGAUUUAAUGAAUUCAAUUAUAUCAUUAAUUACAUUUAAGCCUACAUUGAUUGCUAUUGGUGUAAAGCGUAAUAUUCAUUUACUUCGUCUUCUAGUGAAUACAUUAUAUUGUCUUACUAAAUAUAAAAAUAAUGCUGUACGUGCUAACAAUAAUAAUGCAGUCCCAUUACUAUUGGAUUUAUUCCUUGAUAUACAUCGAUGUGAUUUACAAUGGCGUUGGAUUGAUCUACAAAAAAGCUUGUUGAAUUGUUUAAAACUAUUGACAGAAAUAAAUUCUGGACGUAAAGCUUUAAUGAAAUCUGAUGGAUUUCAUACAUUAUAUGCUAUUUGUAUUGGUUAUAUAGGACCUGAUCCACUGAAUCGAACUAACCAUGUUAUCUUAUCAAAAGUUAUUUCACAAUAUAAAACUAUAAAAUCUUCUACUCAUCAUAAUAAACAAAUAAAUCCAAAUAUUAAUCAAUAUAAUCAAUUACAUUGUAAAACAGGCUUAGCAACAACAACAACAACAAUCAUGGAUACUGUUGAUAGAACCUAUUCAUCAUUAAUAAAUAAAAGGUUACAUAUAGAAAAUGUAUAUUCUAAUAAAAAGAAUAUUGAUUUGUCAACUUGUUCAUCUUCAAUUUCAUCGACUAUCAAAUCGCCAUCAUCAUCAUCAGCAGCAGCAGCAGAAGCAUCACUAUCAUCAUCAGCAGCAACAGCAGCAGAAGCAUCGUCAUCAUCAUCAACUUUAUCUUCUUAUAAAACUAUCUGUAGAAAUGUGAAUCAACUUGAAAUGAAUAAAUCGUACAUCUUUGAUAAUGAUCCAAAUAGAAUUCAUAAACAAGAUCGAAUAUAUUCUGAUCCAAUUAAAAUUCUAAUACAAAUAUGUAUAUUAUUACGUCGUUGUAGUCCAAGAUGUAGUUUACCAAUAAUUAGUGCUGAAAAUAUUCUUAAUUGUUUAUUACCGUCUAAUGGUUUGUAAAUAAGAAUUAUUCUUUUUUUCUUCUUUAAUUUGUGUAUAUUCAUGAUAUGGAAAAUGUGUCCCUGAAUGCUCUGGUACGGCCGAGAGUGAGGAGAGUCAGCUCUCUGUCUCCAAAUGCUCUCACAUGGCCACAUACAUACAACUACAACCAAGGAAGUCCUACUCACUGCCUUCUCUUAGUCGGGGGGUUGUUUACGAAUUAGAGAGGACGAAAAGCUAAUGUCCGAUGUUUUAACCGGGUUCGGUGGAUAUGAAGGAUCCAUCUAGGGGAGUUGGAAAACCCCCAUUCCAAACCACUGGUACACAUGGGCUCAGGAUCCUGAGAGAACAAAUGGUUUAUGAACCAAUUGUUGGUGACCGACUAUCAUGGGAUUGCAUCCCACGACGUUGCUCUACUGCCUUGUGGAUUAGACCUCCAAGUUCAAUGGUUCUUAGAGUGACCCUCUAAGGAAACUAUCUACUUCGGUUUGGGCAUCCAGACAGUAUCCUAACCCUGACACAAAUCGGAUGAUUUAUGUGGCGCAUAUCUAUUUGGUUCCUCUUGUGCCAAUAUUUAUGUGUUCAAAUAAAUAAACAUGGAAAAUGUGGUUGGAUACGAGAUAAGUAGUAGUUUUUUAUUGUAUAAAUGUAAUGUAACUAAUUAUGGAAUCUAGGAUGUGUAUUUCAUAGAAUUGGGGACUUAAGAAUUAGAUGUGUACCUACAUUGCAAAGUUGAUGUUCCUCUUCGAGUGUUAAAGAGAUAUAGAUUGGAUUAAAAUAUGUUCCAUACAGGAUUGCGUUGGGGCACGGUGAUUGGCUAUUUCUUACCCAAUCAGCGUUAGUGGAUACUUGGAGCAGACUCUAGAAUCUUCUCAUGUAAAAACUAUAAAUAUAUAAAACGUUUUAUUGUGUUUCUUACUUCCAUUUACCCUUCUUAUUUGGAAUAUGAUUUCGUUCCUAUUCAACUGUGUUCUUAUUUGGGGAUUUGUCAAGUGAAUUAUUGUUCAAGAAUACUAAGCAAUAAGAGUAGCUGGGUGAUCAUAAGGGGAAUUAUAACACCGGGAUUCGAACUCAGUACUUUUGGUUUCAAGUGGCAAUGUGUUAUCUACAACAAGAUAUCCCAUACCAUUAUAAAUUUUGUGUGCCAAAUUUGACAUUGAACAUCUUACUUUGUUCGUAGUGUAAGUGAUUUUUGAAUUUUUGUGAAUCUUAUGGUUCAUAUCUUAAACGAAUUAUAACAAGUCAACAAUCGAAAACCAGGAACUCCUAGAGAUAACCAUUUUUGUCCUAGAAAGCCAUCCCAUGCAAUUGCAUAUCUAUGACCUUGCUAGGAUUCGGACUCAAGACAUUCAGACCACGAGCAAAGCAGUAAUUAACCAUGGUACAAAUUUUACUAGUCAAUUAUUUUGUAGUACAUUUCAUCAGUCAUCAACGUAGAUACUUUACAAAAAAAGUCAAUCACCGGGUUCAACUUUCCUCUGAAGUUGUAUUUAUUUAUUUAUUUUAGACGCAUCAUCGGCUUCGUUGUUACGUCGCAAUUUAGAGCCACUGAUUCAAUAAGUCCGCUUCACCUGGAAUAGAAAAAUCCAGUAUGUCAGUUUUUGUUAAUUUAUUAUAUUAGUCCUCUUUUUUUUAUCUCAUUUGCCCAGUGGACAGUUAAAGUCCUGCAGUGGCUUAUAGAUCAAAUCUCUUCUUUAAUAUAUUUAUAAUAUUAUCCUUGUCCGUAGACCUAUGUCUUGUUGUUUAAAUAAUUCAACAGAUUAAAAUAUUCCCGUCAAUUAAAAAUUUUUUAAUACCCCCCUGAUAAUAAUGUUAACUAUCGUACUUAAACUUGGACAAGACUUAGGCUAAGUACCUAGUUUUAACAGUUCUCACAUCUUCCAUAUUGACAAUUAUCAUGUCCUCACUAGUGACUAGAAUCACGAAGAAAAUUCUGGGAUUCUAGAGAGCAGUCAUGACUAGUGAAAUUAAAUUAUGUCGGAUAUGAAGAGAGUAUUCACCGAAGAUAAAGGGAAAUGGUCGCCUAAUAUUGUAUGUUGGUUGAAGUUCAACUCCCACAUAAUUGUAUAUCGGCUCACUGGUUUGGGGGUGAGGUGUUUAUACGUGAGAUCGAAGGUUCAUGGUUGAGUACUCGGAUUAGGAGUCACGGAUAGGCACUGUUGAGGAGUCCUAUAAUGGUGUAAAUCGACCGUUUAGUGCUUCCAUGUUUUCAAUGGUUGUCUAAUUUGGGCCGAUCCGUGAUUUCAAAGAAACACCUAAUUCCUAUAAAAAAAGUCGGUCUGGCAAAUUCAACUAGUUUUAUCGAAGCCAAAUAUUGAAUAUUUAGAUCGUUGUUCCCGAAUAAUAGUUUAGUAAGCAAGAGUAGAGUUUCAUGUUAAGAUAGGAGUAUGUACACUAUUAACUACUAUUAUACGAUUUACCAUUCUUGAACUAUUCUCUGUCUGUUAAUCACUACCUCCCUCAUUCACAGCCACGUUUAGCCAAACUUUGUACAGAUGUUAUUUUCUACUUUAUAGUACGGUGUGGUCUGUCUGGUUGGUAUAUAAACCGAGUAUGGUUGAAAUAAAUGAUUCAUAUUGCAGAGGCUGAGAUUGGUGUUCUGGACUCAACAGGCUAAGUUAGGCGGGAAGCGGGACCAAUCAGGACUCUAGACUUCUCGAACGGGUUUGGUUCGAUCGAUAAGUCACUGCUCUCUGAUUGGUGGUACCGUUGCGUUAUCCAAUAUACAGGGCACACAAGUUCACAAGUUAUAACACAUAUGUUAGCAGUACAAAAUAAUAUGACGAAUUUCUAACUGUUAUUCAGGCUUGACUACUCGUAUGAUUCCUCGUUCAAUAACUUACCGUCAUUAAGCGUUCAAUUUUCAUCGAUCUGUAAGCCAUCAGCUAAGAAACCAGUAUUUUUUUAGUGAAGUGUAAUUUUGAAUUGUUGUAUUAUGCAGUAAUGGAUACACUAUUUAUUUAUUUGAACACAUAAAUAUUGGUUUAAAAGGGCACCGAAUACAUAUGCAUCACACAAGUCAAUUGAUUUGUGUGUGAGCUGUGAUACUACCCGGGUGGUCAGACCGGAUGUUUUCAUUGAUCAGGAGCGAAAGUCAGAGUUUCGAAGACGACCAUAUACCCUCGUAGUUCUGACCAUAAACGCUGCAAACUGACGAUCCGCGUUUGUUCUAUAAUUGACAUCGCGGGCAGUCCCCGGGAAACCUUUAAGUCUUUGGGCUCCUGGGGGAGUAUGGUUGCAAAGCUGAAACUUAAAGGAAUUGACAAAAGGGCACCACCAGGAGUGGAGCCUGCGGUUUAAUUCAACUCAACACGAAAAAACUCACCCGGCCUGGACACUGUGAAGAUUGACAGCUCUUUCUUAAUUCGGUGGGUGAUGGUGCAUGGCCGUUCUUAUUUGGUGGAGCAAUUUGUCUGGUUAACUCCGAUAUUAGAAACACUAGCUCCUUAAGUAUCCGAAUUGAAAGACAACUGUACGCUCAUAUAUGUAUAUAUAAUGUAUUUCUUCCUUAGAACUUUAAACUACAUAUUCAACUAUUGAUAUGCGUCCCGUUCCCUAGAGAAAGAAGCUAGAUCUCAGUCACUAUCAAUGUCUGAUUGAUCCACUGUAUCAUAAGCUAUUUCUACCUUUGAAAAAUCCAGACCCUUAACAUUGAAAAUUAAAAAAAGCGUCUUAUACAGGUUACUCUACCUUCAAGUAGGAAAAAUAAUGACGUAUAAAUUCGGACUGUCUAUCUUCUUGAACCUGUUAAAUAACUCCAACAGAUUUCUCACAAGCAAUGUACAAAGGUGUUUCUACUUCUUGUUAUACAAUUUACUGCUUUCUCGACUAUAAUCGGUUCAUUCUUAGGUCAUAUUCUAACAAUUUCAAGUUCUAGUUUAAUUUGUAAUGAUUUAAAUUAUCCCAUUUUUAUCAGUAUGGAGAUUUUUGGAGAUUCUAGUAAUCUACACAGUUGAAUUCACGAGUCGAUCUAUAUUAAACAACCAUUGUAAACCGAUUUUUGAUAUUUUGACUGAAAUUUCAUCAGUUUACAUUAGCGUAUGUACAAUCUGGUGUACUGUUACCGGAUAUGAGGGGUGAUGUCACUUCCCGGCUGUCCACACCGUGGAGGGGUAUUUCUUGACGAACCUGAAAAGGAAGUUGGACUAGUGUUGGUCUUAGCGACCUGGUAGCGUGACCACAACUGUAUUGGAUAACCGUUUCGUCCUAGUAUGGGACUCUUCAGCAGUGAGUGUCCACGGUACCGCUCGAGGGAGUCGAACCGAGGACCUUCAGUCUGCAGGUUAAUCGUUCGCCCGCGAGGCCAAAGGUCCUGGGUUUGAAUCCUGCAAGAGGAAUUGUGGAUACGCACUGCUGAGGAGUCUCAUACUAGUAUGAAACGUCCGUCCAGUGCUUCCAGGUUUUCCAUAAUGGUCUAGCUUUAAUCGAUUCGUGAAUUUAACUAUUAAGAACUACUACAAUCUCCACAAAACCCCAUCGUGAUUCUAAUUUUAUGUUUUAACGUCUUAUGUGAUUAUUUCUUUUGUUUAUACACAUUUAUUGUCAAAGUUGUUGCCAAAUCUAAACUUAAUCAACAAAUAUCUUGUUCAACUAAUAUUAAUCCAAUUUCAAAUGUGAAAAAGAAGUAAGUAUGCAUUUACUGUUUGUGUAGAUUAAAUGUUAACACUUAUCCAACCAAUUCUAUUCAAUUAUGCUAUAUGUAAGACUUCUCAUUUGGAUACAUCAUGAUAGUAGUAAAUAUGUAGAGAGAAAUUCAAGGGACUUUCUGUUAUAAGCAAAGAUGUAUGGUGAUUAGCAAUAAAAUCCAGAAUGUUCAUUUCGUCCUUCUUGGGACUUGUUUUUAGUUAGAUGUUCUGUCGGACUCGAACUCAGUGCUGUUCGCUUCAAACAUCAUCGCAUUAUCCAUUUAAUUACUGCGUCCCGAUAGCCACUUGGUUGUGCAAUAGGGUGAAAUAUAUAUAUAGUUAUUAUUGAUAACCUCUUGUCAUUCCGAUUCUUUUCAUCUACGUAUAUCAAUUGUUUCACACUAUAUUUUACCUUAAUGUAAACUUUCAAUAUAUAAGUAGCUGAUAAGGAAGCAAGAAAUAUAUAAUGAAUUCAUAUUAUUCUGUAACAAUGUGUAUUCUGGCUUUGUUUAAAUUCAUAAAUGGAAUUAAUUGUGUGACAUUGAAAUCCUUGACUAAUAAGACCAUCACUAUACUUUCAAUCAACCGAGCAUUUUGACGAUGAUUUUUUUCUUGAUAGUUUUUUUCUUUUAUUUUUGAUUAGAUGGUUGUCAAGUAUACUGAUAGUUGUGUUGAAAUCACGAACUGAUUCAAGUUAGACAACCAUUGAAAACCUAGUAGCAUUAGACGGCCGUUUCAUAUCAGCAUAAAACACCUCAACAGUGUGCAUCUACGACUUCCAAUCCAAGUACUGAACCAUAAAUCUUCGAUCUCACAUAUGAACACCUCAUCCCCAGACAAGUGUUCUGAUAUCCAAUCAUGCUGAAGUCUAAUUUCAAUUAAUACACGUUAUUAGGCGACGAUUUCGCAUUAUCUUCGGUGAAUACUUUCUUCACACUCGACAUGAUUUAACUCCACUAGUUAUGACUUCUCCCCGACCGUUGUUGCUACCUUGACGUGGUGGUUGGGCUAGACUAUCGUGAUGAAGCAACCGAGCUAUGCUGGCUGGAACAACCGUUCCUCAAGGUCCUACCAUGUCAGACAGGUCGGUUGAAGAGCGGUAAGACUAAGAGCAACAGACCCAAGGUCCGAAGGCGAAGUCGUACUGUUGAUUGUAUAGAGGUGUGACUGUAGUAAGGUGUUUCCUUCAGACAAACAGCAUGACAGCGAUGCUGCCUUCUUACAAAGAGGAGUGGGGUUAGAAAAGGUCGACCUUAAAAACGCACACCCUGCCUUAUCCCACCGAUACCCGUCUCCGGCGUUAAGGUCUCAACAAGUACGGAGCUAACGCAAAAAUUACUCAAAAAAGGUGGUGUGUGAUUGGCAUCAAGUAGUUGUCUCUUGGGCACUGCGGUCACGCUCCCAGGUCACUAAGACCACCUCUAAUCCAAUUUCCUUUUCAAGCACCUCCAGAAGAAGCUUUCCACGGUGUGGGCAACCGGGAAGUGAUAACCGUCCUCAUACUUCUAACAGUACUCAAGACCACUUAUGACUUCUCCCUAGAAUUCCGGAAAUUUCUUAUCGAAAGUAGUUACGGGAAUGAGACGUCUGCACAGAACUUUUAGGUUUUCAACGAUUGUUUUACUUAGAUCAAUUUGUGAUUCCAACAUCAUUUACUUGAAAAUCACCCAUAUUUAUAUACAUUCUCUUUCAUAUUUUAUAACUUUUCUAUGGUUCGUUUUUUUUCUUUCUUUCCUUCCUUCUACUUUUAAAAUAAUGAACCAUUGAUAAAUUUAUUUCUUUUUAUUAAUGAAAGAAAGUACAUUUUACACCAUGUUUUUUUCUUCAUACAUGUUUCACUGUAGAUACAUAUGUUACAAAUUCACUCAUCUCUCCCCCCUCAUCUCUCGUAUAUAUAUAUAUAUACCCCCUAUCCUUUUUAAUCUAUCUUUUCAUGAUUAUUUUGUUUUCUGUUUUCCAUUUUUUUCUUCUAUUUAUAACCUUUCCAAGGUCAAGUGGAACUUCACUCCUACACAAAUCUUCCUCUAUUCAUGCUGGUGAUGUAACCAACAAUCGAAAAUCUUCAUCACAACAAAUGAAUUCAAUUAAUUUUAUAACGAAUAAUCCAUUUAUUGGUGUAACAUCAUCUGAUUAUUCUAAAUUAUUAUUAUCACUAUGCAACACUACUACUACUACUACUACUACUACUACUAAUAAUAAUAAUAAUAAUAAUAAUAAUAAUAAUAAUAAUAAUCCCAAGGUUAUUCGAAAGAAAUCCAUUGAUGAUCGGAAACAAUUAAUCAAUGUUAAUAAUAAAGGAAUUACAACUAAAUUAAAUCAAUCUUAUUACUAUGAAGUUAAUUCUCUCAUUAAUAAAAGGGUACCUAAAAUCACCAAUAUGAAUUCCAAAAAUCUUCAUAGUAAAUCAAUAAACGAUCUGUAUACAAAUAACCAGGUAUACAAUAAUUCAUCAAUAGACACAUUCAUCAGUCAGUCUUGUACAGAAUUAGCAAAUACACAACAAUUGAAUAAAUUAUGUCGUAUACAGAAAGUGAAGAUUCUACGAAGAGGAGAAGAUGAGAAUUCAAAUCAACCUGAGAAGCAACAGGAUUUGAACGGUGCAAAAAGUGAUGAAUUACCCGUUACCGGUGGCAAAUUUACUUCAUAUCAACAGAUCAGUUCAUCUAAUACAUCAUUAAAAUCACCAGAAAUAUUCGAUAUAAUUGAACAGAAUACUCAGAAUAUUGAUGGUGAUGGUGUUGAUGACAAUGACGAAGAAGAAUUGGAAGACGAAGAUGACAACGAUGAUGAUGAAGAUGAUGGUGCUAAUGUAAUUGGACACGAGGAUGUCACAACAACUAGUCAACGAUGCACAUUUAGUGAAUUAAUUUCAAGUCAUUUAAAAUUUUUUCCCGAAUGGUUUGAUCUACCCAAUGAAAUACCAAGUAGAUUGAUGAAAGAACAAGUUGAAAAACCAUUGGAUAUGAUGAAUUCUGUCAAUUGGCCUUAUGAAUAUAACCAUUCUAAUGGUAAUAUAACCAUACAUCCUCCUACCAAAGAUAAUACUACUUUGGAAUAUUAUUAUUUUGCUCAAAGAGUAAAAAGUUUAUUACCAUUUAAAAUCAUAGCUUAUCCUGAUUUAUUUGAUGCACAUGGAUCAACUGAUUGUGAACCAUUUUAUUCAACAGAUCAAUUAAUUGAAAGAUAUUUUAAUCAACAAUCAAAUCUAUCCAAUGAUGAUAUAACUACUUCAUCUUAUUGUAAAAAUAAAUUAUCCCAAGUUACAUCAACUGUUAAUGAUAAUGCGAAUGAUGAUGUGGAUGAUGAUGAUGAUGAUGAGGAGGAGGAGGAGGAGGAGAAGUGUGCUCAUUUAUCAAAAGUUCAUGAAGCUGAUGGCUCCACUAAUCCGAUCAUCCAAACGAACUCAUCUAUAAACAAUUUAAACAAAACUUCUAAAUCAGUUAAAUUAAAUAAAACUAUGAAUAAAUCAUCAUCAAAUAAUAAUAAUAAUCAAUCAUUCCAUAGACCAUUUAAUAUAUCUGAUAUACCACAUAUAGAAAUACUUGAUGAUCUAAGACGAUUUAUUGAAUCCAAUGAUUUAAUCAAUCGUGUUGUAUAUGAUAUAGAUGAAUUAAUUAAAUCUCAAUACCAAUCAUUAUCAUUAAAACAAAUUCAUCAGUCUCAGGAGGAGGAGGAGGAACAACAGCGUCGACGACGACAACAACAACAAGAACAAGGUCAACAUUCGUCAACAUUGAAAAUCAAAUCAAAUCAACUUUUAUUUAAUAGUAAUUUAGAACAUAAUGUUAGUGAUACAAUUUCAGAAGUCUUAACUAAAUCAUCCAAAAUGAACGUUCUAUCAUCAACAGUUAUAUCAACUUCUUGUGUACAAAUAAUGAAUAAUAAUCCUACUGUAGAUAAUAGUUCGAUAGAUGGUACAAAGUUGACAAGUAAUAAUCAUCAACAGGAUUAUCAUUGUCCUUUAACCAUAUCAUCUUCAUUGGAUAACUUCAACUUAACGAAUCAUGAUGAACUAGUGAUUGGUCAAUUUGACGCUGAAAAAGGUCAUUUAGAGUUUGAAUCUCGUUUCGAAUGUGGUAAUUUGAGAAAAGCAAUUCAAGUUCGUCAAUAUGAAUAUGAUUUAAUAUUAAAUCCUGAUAUUAAUACAACUACUUAUUUACAAUGGUUUUACUUUCGAGUAUCUAAUAUGGAAUCGAAUAUUUCAUAUCGUUUCAAUAUUAUUAAUUGUGAAAAAGUAGAUAGUCAAUUUAAUGCUGGUAUGCAGCCUCUUCUUUUCUCAGUUCAUGAAUCACUUCAAUCUCAUCCAUGCUGGCGACGUGUUGGUUCAAAUAUUAUUUAUUAUAGAAACUAUUUUACUCGACCGUCAACUCGUAAAUGUAAUUUGGAUGGUGGAACGUAUUAUACAGCUACAUUCACGAUAUGCUUUCCAUAUACUGGCGAUGUCUGCUAUCUUGCUUAUCAUUAUCCAUAUACCUAUACACGUUUAUUAACUGAUUUAAACAAAUGGCAAAAUAAAAUAUUAAACCAACCAAACAAUAUUUACUUUCGUAUUCAACAGUUAACUUCAACUAUCCUUUCCAAUCCAGUCCCAUUAAUUACAGUAACACAAACUUCGGACUCUUCAAAUGAAUCUACAAAUAUCAAUAAUCAACGUCCUUACAUCAUUCUUACAUGUCGUGUACAUCCAGGUGAAUCAAAUUCUAGUUGGAUAAUAAAAGGUUUAAUAGAACAAUUAUUAUCUAAUGAUAAUAUGAAACUGAAUGAAUUACGUAAAAUGUUCAUUUUUAAAAUAAUCCCUAUGUUAAAUCCUGAUGGUGUUAUUGUUGGAAAUCAUCGAUGUUCAAUAUCUGGUAAAGAUUUAAAUCGUCAUUGGAUUAAUCCAUCAUCUUUAAUUCAUCCAACUAUUUAUCAUACUAAAAUGUUAAUGGAACUUCUUACAUUUUGUGAACGUUCACCUUAUAUUUUCAUUGAUUUCCAUGGUCAUUCACGUAUGAAAAAUAUUUUCUUAUAUGGAUGUAGUUCCAUUGAAUCAUGGUUAUGUCCAGAUAUAAAAAAUCCAACUUAUCGUGGUAUCAAUCAAUUAGAAGAUAAUUCAUAUCGUAAAUUAGCUGAUAUAUUAAAUCAAUUAUCACCAUAUUUUUCAAAACAAUCAUGUUUAUAUAUAGUUAGUAAAGCUAAAGAGACUACAGCACGUAUAGCUGUUUGGCGACAAUUCAAUGUAGUACGCUCUUAUACAAUUGAAGCUUCUUAUUGUGGUAUUCGCCGUAAAUGGUAUGAUAAUCAGUUAAUUCCAAGAAAGAUACAAGAAAAACACCAACAAGAAGAUAAUGAUAAUAGAACAAUAAAAGGAAAACAUUCAAAUGAAUCUGUAGUAGUUAUUGAACAUCAAAUAAGACCAAUUGAUUUAAUGAAUUUUGGUUCACAAUUAUUAAAUGCAUUUUUAUUGUUAUCAGAAGAAGAAACAACAAUAUUGAUGUCAAAUACAAAUAAAACAGUUUCAUCCAUAUCUUCAUCACCAUCUUUAAUGACAUCUUCAAUGUCAUUAUUCAAUGUAUCUUCCCCUGAACAUCCAUCAUCAUCCUUUUAUACAAACAUUAUACCUCAGUAUGGUGAAGAUGAUACUGACGUUUACGAUGAUGCUGAUGAAAAUAAUAAUAAUAAUAAUAACAAUGGUAGUAAUGUAAACGACAAACCUAAAAUAUCGUUUAAAUUACAUUGUAGUAAAAGAAACUAUCAAUCUAAGUUAAAGAAGUUGAAACAACACAAACAAAAAUCAUAAUAAUUAUAAGAACUACAAUAUGACAAAUAGAAAGUCACAUAUAUUUCGACUAUGUUGCCUUCGUUUAGUAUAGUGAAACUCAAUUGUGUUCUUUAUUCAUGAUCCAACUAUUCAUCUUUCUUCAUGAAUCAAUAUUAUGAUCAUGAUAUAGAUAUAGAAGAAUGGUGAUGGUAAUAAAGUGAACUAAAUAAACUGUAAAUAAAUAAAGAGAGUAUCAUGUCAUUGAAAUGGAAAAGUUUAUCUUUUUCAACAUCUCAUUGUAUAUUUUCAAAUGUUUUUAUAUAAUUAAAACUAAAUUGAAACAGAAUGUUGUAAAAUAAACAUUUAUUUGAAAAAUAUUGAUAUUCAACGUUUCUUAAACAAGAAAAACACUAUUUCCUUUUAAAUCUGGAUUAUUUUUUUGUUUUUCAUACUUAACCUACUUUUAAAUUUGUCAGUAGUACAGAUAUUAUUUUAGAUUUUUAUUGAUCCUUUAGUUUUCAUAUUAUACUUUUUUAAAAAUCUGAAUGAAUGUAUGAUAACACUUGUUAUGCUGGAAUGUACUAUUGUAGUGAAUGAGAGGAUAGACGGGGACAAUCAAAUGUAUUUGAAUACAAAAUUACAGGAUUUAUUAGUAAAACCGUUAUCAAGCGAUCUAGCUGUGGAUAAAACUAUCGAAGUUGAUUUUUUAUCACUACAUCACCCGUUACACCUAAUAAAAAGUGAGUAUCACUGUCUAUCGUCUGUGGAUUUCUGAAAUCGAGAGAAAAAAACUUGAGUCCUUCGGGUUUAUUAGAACCUGAGGAACGUCCUUCACAGCCAUGUCCAAUGCCAUUAAAACUAAGUUAGUCCAAAAAGACAACUACAGGACAACCGAAAAAGUACAGUUCAAUAUCAGUUGGCUCCAAACAAACCAUGACGAUGAGAACUGAGUUUAUUGUAAUACUACAUGCGAUACACAGGGAGGAGAUUAACAUUGGUUGGUUCACCUGGAACUGAUCAAACUUAACCAAACUCGAAAAAACCUGUACUGGUUUAGGUCAUAUAGGCAAAACACAAUCUUUCGUACUGAAACAAACUUUUCUCCAGUCCGAUAAUGUUAAAGUUGCUUUUCCCAGGAACUUCAUGGUUCUGGGAUAAACACACUCAUUUAUAUUUAAGAAGUAUUAACUCUAGCUUACAAGUGGAGGUAUAUCGCACGUCGAGUAUGCUGUGAUGAGCAAACCGAUCAGUUUGUUGGAGAUCGCCAGUGAAGUAAAUCCUCCGAUGGAAUGCGCACAAACUAUCACUUCAACUAGUAUCCAGCAAACUACAACUGUUCAAUCAAAAGUAAAGAUUCAAACAACAAGUCGGCCAGUAUUUUAAAUCAAACUCCGAUUUUAUCUUACAAUGUUGCUAAUGUUAUAUUGCUUCCCCAUCUUUUAAGCGUUGCUUUCAAUCACUUUCAAUAAUCUAAGCAUAAGAAAUUUCUUUUCUUUUUUUCACUUUUGCGAUGAAAAGAACAACAAUCCGUAAGACGUAUAGUAAUAGUUCAACACAAUAGUAACAGAAACACAUUAGUAAUUUCACGACCAUAUCGGAACACAAAACGUGACAAGAAGUCACAACAAGAUAAAGUUAACUUCUCUCUCAC